AUGACAUCAUCGAAACCAGCCUUCAACAGCGAUGGGCAGAGAAUGAUACACACUGCCGGCUGCAUCAUCAUUGGAGAUGAAGUUCUAGGCGGAAAGACAAUCGAUACAAACUCCACAUACAUGGCAAAGUUCUGCUUCUCGCUGGGCAUGGCGCUGAAGCGCAUAGAGGUGAUUGGUGACGAUGAAGAAGAGAUUAUCGAGGCAACCAGGCGCAUGAGCAGAAAUUAUGAUUUUGUGGUCACCAGUGGUGGGAUUGGUCCAACGUGUGCCUAUCCACCCUUACCGCUCCAGAUCAAUCACCUAAUGCUCAAUAGACACGACGACAUUACAUAUCAAUCAAUAGCGAAAGCCUUUAACCUGAAGCUGAAGCUCCACGAAAAAGCAUUGGAGAAAAUGAAGAGGAUAUCGAAACCACAUAAAUCUCAGCCCAACUUUUCAUGGGACAAGCCGUCCGCUGCGCUUACUGCGAAGCUAAGAAUGGUAGAAUUACCGAUUGACGAGACCAAAUCAGACGAAGAACAGGUGCUUUUCGUGAGUGAAGAUCUAUGGGUGCCAAUAACUGUGGUAAAUGGAAACGUGCAUAUUCUGCCAGGUGUGCCACGGCUCUUUGAAGCACUGCUUGAUGGAAUGAAACCGCUUCUCCUUCCAAGAUUGACAGAUCCGGAGGGUAAGGGCAUAUACAGACUACUGUUUUCGACACCAUUAGCAGAGAGUGCUGUAGCAUCAUACCUCACAGAGUUGGCCGCCAAAGUUGAGCCAAAAGGCGUAAAGGUAGGGAGUUAUCCAAGGUGGGGAAAGGCGCAUAAUACGGUGACCUUGGUUGGAAGAAACAAGGAAUUUAUGGACAGUUUGAUUCCCGAGGUCGAGAAAGGUGUAGAGGGAAGGAGGGUCAUCAACGAAGAGGAUGAUGAUAGUCCAAGUGAGGCGGAGUCAAAAGGUCCCAAAGACCCGUGA